AUGGUGAGUGAGCUGAAUUCGAGUGGCGUAAAUAUUGAGCCAAGUGAAUUUGACCUGGCAAUGGAAGACAUUGUAGGUCAAUUUGCAAGUCAAGAAGAAAAUAUGUUAAAGAUUAAAGAAGCCAAAGAGGCUGCAAACUUGUAUAGUAAAACAGAGGCGGAAAACAUACGUCUAUCAGCCAUGGAGACUUUUCACGAGAGAGCAAGCAAAGACCAAGAUUCUGACGAGGAAGAAGAUAGUUCCUCCUCUUCAUCAGGCGUUUACCACUCUGCCAAGAAAUGCAGAUCGAAUGUUCUGGAUUAUUUGCUGAAAUCAUCUGAGUCUGAAAAAGAAAUUAGACAACAAGAGCCUAGAAGUAAAGAAGAUGGAAAUAGAGAUUCAGAAACAAGAAUUGGAAGUGCAAAAGAAACGAGAGUCUCGACCUCGAAGGGCGCAGUUGAAGGUGUUCUUCUUAAAGGCGAAGACGAUGAAGGCAUCGCUAGUGCAGAGCGUGAUGGUGAUGUCGGUGAUCGGACUAACAGUGAACGCGUUUUCGAGGAUGAAUGCGACUUCGAGGAUGAAUGCGACUUCGAGGAUGAACGCCACAUCGAGGAUGACGUCGAGGGUGAACGCGACGUCGAGGGUGAAAGCGACCUUGACGAUGAACGCGACUUGGAUAAUAAACGCGAACGCAAAGGCGAACGCGACCUCAACAGUGACUUUGACCUUGAUCGCGAUCUCGAGCUACACGUAUCGCUGCUGAUGGUCCGUCGCUUUUUCUUUUGA